UUGCUAUGUUAUGCUAUGUGGUGUUUUUGUAAUUAGUGAUCCACUCGCCUGAAAUAUUCAUCAUAGAGAACCAUGAAAAUACUUUUUGUGUUAUGUGCUUUCAUUUUGACUGAAGUCAAAUUGCAGGAACACGAUGACCCUUUGAACUCUUUCCUCCAUCUGAAGAAAAAUGUAUUCAAGAUGGAGCCGAGAAUAAUUGGGGGCGCUGACGUGUUGCCCCAUUCUUACCCCUUUCAAGCGGUGCUCUACAUCACCUACAAAAAGAGAUUAUACCUUUGCGGUGGCACGCUCAUAGAUCCAAGAUGGAUACUCACCGCGGCUCAUUGCGUUCACAGUAAUAACAUGGUCAUCGACAUCAUUCUGGGGGCACAUAACCUCACAAACUUAGGAGCACAAGAUACAAUCCAGAAGUUUCGAUCGACAUCCUACAGAAAGCACCCUAGAUACAAUAAUAGAUUAAAGUUGAACGACAUAGCCCUAAUCAAAUUGCCUGAGAACGCUAUUCUGAACGAAUACGUGAACGUUGUUCCAAUAUCUAACGGAAAGAACAAUUAUGCUGGAGAAAUGGGUACUAUCCUGGGAUGGGGAACCACUGAUGAUGGAACACUUCCCAAAACGCUCAAAAGCGUAACUGUAAAAGUUAUGUCGAACAGAGCUUGCAAAUGGACGAGUCCAGUCCUAAUUCAGGCAGUAAAGCAGAGCCAUGUUUGCGUAUCAGGAGCAGGCCCAAAGGGCGGCUGUGGGGGCGAUUCAGGGGGGCCUUUGCUGGUGAACGGCACCCAAAUAGGCGUAGCCUCUUUUAUUGUGAAUAGCUGCACUAUGGGCAUGCCAACUGUAUUCACCAGACUGAACCAAUUCAACGAUUGGAUCAUCAAGAACAUCAAUUCGAAUUCUGAUGAAGUAGCCAAUGUUGGCGAUAUCGUUGUCAGAUUCGUUGAUGCCAUUUUUGCUUUUAUCUCCUUUAUUGUUAAUCUACUUUUUUGAAAGUGAUAUCCAUAAUAGUCAAUAUCAUUUGAAUAAAUCACACGUUCAAGACAAAAGAUCAGAGUACAACUGUCUAACGAAACUCGAUUUCCACAGUAGCACAGUACUCGAAUUCCACGUGAUUUAUGAUGGUGACUUUUGGUCUGAAUAACUGCACUAUGGGCAUGCCAACAGUCUUCACCAGACUGACCCAAUCCAACGAUUGGAUCAUCAAGAACAUCAAUCCGAAUUCUGAUGAAGUAGCCAAAGUUGGAAAUGGGUCAGAUCUUUUGAAUUUAGAAGUUCACUAUCUUCAUUUUUGAUAAAUA